GUUUGGGCAUAUAGAAAAAGGAAAAGGAGUUGGAGUUUUGUUCGAAAUUGUGAUGUCUCCGCCACUGCUUGGUGCUGGGGAGGAAGCGGAUCAGAGAAACAUCACUUUGUUGGCUUCUCCGGCCUCCUUGGACCGUAAUAUAUGUCAUAACAUCUCGGGACUGAAAGAGCAUAACUACAUGGGGUUGUCUGAUUGUUCUUCCGUAGGUAGCUCUACAAUAUCCACCACAUCGGGAGACAAUAAUGGCUGUCUGAAUUUGAAGGCCACAGAACUGAGGCUUGGGCUUCCUGGAUCCCAGUCUCCAGUGAGGGAUUCAAAGUUUUCCUUGCUGUGCUCGCCAAAUCUCGAAGAGAAGCCACUUUUUCCUUUGUAUCCUUUGAAGGAUGGUAAUUAUUUGUUAUCACAUAAGACGGUUGGUCCUGGCAACAAAAGGGUUUCUCAGAUGUUAUGGAGGGUUUUGCAGAGGUGA